GUUGGUUGAAGCCGAGCGCGCGGCGCUGGCGGACGAGUCCGAGCAGCGCCUGGAAGCCGAGGAUUGCUGCGGGAAGCUGGUGAAGGCACUCGAUGGCGCCCUUGUGCUCAUUUGCGAUGAGCUUCAGCGCUCAUCUAUGUUGCACUCGCCUGGAGCGGCCUUGACACUGCCCGCAACAGUGAUGCCUCAGCGCUUCGACACCGGUGAGUUUGACGUCACAAACGUCAGAGAGCAAGUCUUUGAGUUUGAUCAGAAGCUGAAAGAGCUGCUUGAGCUCUGCGAAAUGCAGAGAAAUGCCCACCACAAUCUGCGGAUGGCUUACGAUCUGGAGACCUCCAAGAGCCUCGAGCGAGAGCAGGAGAGCCUCGAACUAGCUGAUCGGUUGAGGGAGCUUGAAAUGGAGCUCUUGCAGUGGAAAGACCAGUCCCCGAGGCCUGUGGCUGUUGAUGGCGAUGUCAGCACCAGCACGGCCCAUGACUCAAACUCCGGUUGCCUGAGCGACAACGAAGCCUCCAGUUUCAGCGAAAUGAAGGUGGAGCUUGGCAAUAGCAGCCCACGGCACUUCAGCCUGUCGGAGGACGACGAUGACGAUUCUAGUGCACAGCACAAGCCCAGCAGCAUCGAAGCUGAAUUCGAUGGCAGUUGGGCGGAGGAUGGCGGCAACGCUCUGGGACCGUACUGGCUGCCCCUGCCCAUUUUCUUGGAUUACCUCACUGUGCCAGAGAUAAAGAGCUGGCGCGUGACCUCCUGGCAGGCCAAAGAUCCCGAGGCGCUGGUUCAGCACGUGGCCGAGCUGGGCAGUCUUCAGAGGCCUUCCGCCAUUCUUGACUUUUGCGAGUCGUCAGUUGCCUUGGCAAGAGUCCGAUCUGCUGCUCCAAAGGGAGAAUCCAUGAGAGCCAUCAAGACGCGCUUUCAAGAAACACGGUUUGGUGGCAAUCCUGGGCCGGACAAGGUCUACCACUGUCAGCUUUGGAGCAUGGCACAGGCCAACUCGAGAUACCGUCAUUUCCCCGAGUCCGCUGCAAAUUUCAUUGUGGAUGCGCUGCUGCAUGACAUCUUUGAGCACUGCAGCAGCCAGGAUGUGGAGGUAUGCAAAGCAGGUCUGUAUGGAUUGCGCUACGCCCUUUGCAUCUCUGCGGCACCGUUGCAGGAAGCGUGCGCCAGACGCAUCCUUAGCCUCAUGAAGCAUAACUUGCAGUGGGCAGCCAACUGGGGAUGGGGCCAGCAGAGAGAUGCCAUGGCAUGUUUGAGCGUGGCCUGCAAAGCGCUGAACACAGCUGAGCAGCAAGAAUGCAUGGCCCUGUUGGUAUCAAUGUUAGAGCUGGAGCCGGACUGGCAGAGGCAAUUGAUCAUCGUCUCCGAGAUGCAGAUCUUCUGGAGAGCCGUUGCAGAUCCUUAUGAUACGUACGCUGCAACAGCGAAGCAGCUGGGACACAUGCAGCGGUCGGAAGCUGUGCACUGCCAAGUCCGAAGUGGACUGCUCUCGCUGCUAUGA